AACCGAGUUCCCCAGUACUCCGCAGUCCGCACGGCCGCAUCCGUCAAGAUCCGCGAAGAGCAACGAGGCGAGGCGAGGGGAGGGAAAACAAGUGAGUGAGAGAGAGAGAGAGAGGAGGGAAAAUGCUGCGCCACGCCGCCCGCCGCCUCGUUUCCCGCGCCGUCGCUCCGCCCACCGCGCGCCGGGCGCUCGCCACGGCGGAGGUGCCCGCGGAGGCCGUCGAGGACUCCACGUUCGUCGAGGCCUGGAAAAAGGUCGCCCCCAACAUCGAGCCCCCAGCGACGCCCCUCUCCCUCAUGCAGCCGCGCCCGCCCACGCCAGCUACCAUCCCUACCAAGCUCACCGUCAACUUCGUCCUCCCCUACAAGUCCGAGAUCGCCAACAAGGAGGUUGACAUGGUAAUUGUACCAGCUACAACUGGUCAGAUGGGUGUUUUGCCAGGCCAUGUUGCCACAAUUGCAGAGCUCAAGCCUGGUGUUCUCUCAGUACAUGAAGGAAACGAUGUGAGCAAGUACUUUGUGAGCAGUGGGUUUGCUUUCGUCCAUGCAAACUCCAUUGCUGAUAUUGUGGCUGUUGAGGCUAUCCCUGUGGAUCAGAUCGACCCAGCAUUGGUUCAGAAGGGUCUCGCUGAAUUCACUGCCAAGCUUGGUUCGGCCUCUACUGACCUGGAGAAGGCUGAGGCCCAGAUCGGAGUCGAUGUUCACAGUGCCCUCAAUGCUGCAUUGACCGGUUAAUUGGUGGCAUUUUAAAUUGUCUUGUCUUUUUCAUCUACAGUUUUAGAGUGAGUUUAAGUUUGCAAACUCAUGGGCAUGGGAUGGAGGGAAUGAUCCUAAAUAAAUUAUACUCCAUCUAAAACAUGGACAUAUGUUUCUUGUUUCCUGAAUCCUGCAUGGAUUUCUUUUUGUACUGGUAAACAUUUUAACUCUGAGCUCAAGACCUGGAGCUGCUUUCUGCCCC